AUGAGCAAAGACGAGAGCAAUGCGCAACGGAGCGCACAAGCCGAAGACGAUGAUGAGCCAGAUGAGUGGGACAAGCGGAUUUUUAGCACCGGAUGCGCAGAUGAGAAUGCCAAAAUGACGGAUUGCUAUUUUGAGAAGAAGGAUUGGCGCGCAUGCACUGCAGAGAUGGAGGCAUUCAAACAGUGCUGGAAAUCUCACAACAACGAUGAGCGCACAGCGACCAAAGACAACUAA